UGACGGAACACGUACCCGUCAAUGUGAUAAUCAUCUAAACCACUGAAUUAAGUGACAAGCACGUGAUCAGUAAAAGCCUCACCUAUGAGUGUGGCGUUGUGCAAUAGUGAUGCAAUGAUAGUGUCCUUUAUAAUACACUACAUACUCAUGUGUAAGAUCAAUAUGUUCUGUCCGAAGGCAGGCCAUUAGCACUUCACUUUGGUGUCAUUAUAUGUUGUAUUUGGUGAAAGGCACAUAGCUUGACAAAAUUCUUCAUAUUCUGCCAAAGCCGCAUAACAUCGUUCAUAAUAUUACUUGUCGUAGUUGUUACUUUCUUUCAUCAUCAGAUGACUAGGAAGUACUUAAUGGGAAGAGGAUUUCAGGCCACUUCCUCUAAUGGGGUAUCUCUUUCAAUGAAGUGUGUGUUGAGCUCAACUCGGCAGAAUAUCCAUGCUUCAAGAAUAAAAUAAUUCUCGGAAAAUUCUCAAUCACCAGAAACUUACGUGUUUUCAGUAAUGGAUGAAGAUCCUGCAUGAAAUCUCAUAAACUCUGCAUCUGACAUGAAUAUAGCACACGCAGAGCUAAGAUGGCAGACACCAACGACCACAGCAAAAGAUAAACGACUGUUAUCAGUAGUUGACCAGAUAACCCCGAUUAGCGUUUGAAUCAAUCGCUACUAGAUCCAGGUCCUCUUAUCCACGAUAUAUGUAAUCUAAAGAUAUCACAUACUUACUUUACUCUCAUUAUGAUCGCUAGAGGCACAAGCCCCUCUUUCACGGGGUAUCUUGUCAGGCCAUAGGUUCUUUCCUCACUGGGUAGCGGUGUUCCAAGGUGUGGCGGAGGGUUUGACAUUGUUUUUAUAACUUGAUAAACACUGCCGUAUACCUGACUCUCGUAGACAGUAGUCUACCCUUCAUGUGUUAAUGCUAAUUGCUCAAGUCCCUCAUCCAGAUCAAAUGCUUCAUUCCCUUCCAUCUCUCUCUCUCUCUCUCUCUCUCUCUCUCUCUCUCUCUCUCUCUCUCUCUCUCAUUGUAAGUGUUAAAAGAAUAUACUAUAUAUAAUACAUAUGCAAUUAAAAAUUGGAAAUUUGAGUAUUUACAAUAUGAAAAAAACAAAAAAACAACACUGUGACAGCAAUGCAAGACGUGCUUGAGUUGCCAUCAGUGAUCCACGCUGACGCCUGGACCCAGACUGAAGAUUUUUCGUCCCGAGGUAUCAUUGUUAUAUUACAGGGAUUGCUUGAACGCCUUCAAGAUGGUUUAGUUGUAGGUGACGGAGGGAUGAUAUUCGCACUGGAGAGACGAGGAUACGUGGACGCAGGGAUAUGGACACCAGAAGUGGUAAUGGAACACCCUGAGGCUGUAAAACAGUUACAUCGAGAGUUCCUAAGAGCAGGCAGUGAUGUUAUACAAACAGUCACAUACAACGGUAGCCAAGAGAAACUCAAUAAGGCAUUGGGGAAUGAUGCUUUGACGUGUCAACAGAUAAACGACGCUGCUUGUCAAAUAGCACGAGAAGUGGCCAACGAAGGAAACGCGCUUGUGGCAGGAAGCAUCAACAAGUGUCCAGCCUAUAAAGAAGGCAAGGGCAAAGCUGCUGUUCAAGCUCAGAUGAGGGAACAACUCCAACCAUUUGUCAAGAACAAGGUCGACUUCGUCAUUCUUGAGUUCUUUUUCCAUGUGGAAGAGAUCGAGUGGGCCAUCGAAGAAGCAGCAAAGACUGGUAUGGUGGUGGUCGCUACCAUGGCUAUUAGUGUGAAAGGCGACGGUAAUGGCAUUCCUGCUGGAGAGUGUGCCGUAAGAAUGGCUAAAGCUGGAGCUCAAGUAGUUGGUGUGAACUGCUUGUUUGAUCCCGACACGACAGUGAGGACCAUCAAGGCCAUGAAGGCUGCUCUGAACAACGCUGGGCUUUCCCCGUAUCUCAUGACUCAACCCAAUGGUUUUAUGUGUCCCGGGGCAGGCACUCAAGGCUACCUUUCCUGUCCGGAAUUCCCUUAUGCUUUAGAGCCUCGCAUGGUGACAAGAUUUGACGUCCAUUCCUACGCCCGCGCGGCCCAUGACCUAGGGGUUCGUUAUAUUGGUGGUUGUUGCGGUUUCGAGCCUUACCACAUCCGCGCCAUCUCCGAAGAAGUGGCUGAGGAACGAGGAAAGUUGCCGCCAGCCAGCAAGAAACAUCAACCUUGGGGAAAAUGUCUCGAGCGAAGUCAUAUGGAUUAUGUUAAGAAAAGGGCUGGCCGAGAAUACUGGGAGAACCUUAUUCCGAGCUCCGGCCGUCUCCAGCCUCCAUCGCAUGUGUACGACCCAAGCCCGGAGAAGGACCUAGAGUGAGAGGCUUAGCGUUAGAUAAAAAUGGUGUAUUUUCAGUGUGACAGGUUGACCCCGUAUAGCUUAGUUAAAACCAUACAGAUGGAAAUAUACUAAGAUAAUCAAAUUAAAUGAAUGAAUUCAUUUUAUCUGAUCUAGGGUAUUAUCGAAUGAGCACCGUUUCCAUUACUUCAGAGUCAGCACUUAAUAGGUGCCCUUUGAGAAGCAUGGAUGAGAAACUCUGAAGGGACAGUUGCUGCGGCUGAGGAUACACAUCACGAACCACAAAAGGUAUCCUGACAAUUUUUGAACGCUAAUCCAUGGAAACAACCUACGCAGCUGUUCCAUUCAGUUCUGACUCAUCCUCAACGACGUAUUAUAUUAGGGGCAAACUUGAAAGGUUUGGAACAAACGAAAACCAUACUGUCGUACUAAAUUGACCAGGAUGUCCGGUUGCGUGGUGCUCACUUCUCCAACGAAUCGCCGAGGCAUGAAAAAUAAGAGUCCAAGCUCGUGAAUGAUUCGGAAUCACCAAGACUCGGAAAAAUUCUAAAUUCUAAAGCUUUUAGUAUGAAUGGUUCCUAUUGAAGUUAACGUGGUGAGUUAUGAUGAAUCAUUGCUUAUGUUGAUUCUUCAUGAAUUCAAUCGGUUCAAGAUAUCAAAUGGUAGAAUAAUCAUGUGUAAUCUGGCGUACUAUAUACUAAUGGUAAAGUUUUUUUUUUUUUUUUUUAUAACUCACAGUGAGACUAUGUCUGUUUCACAGUUGCUGCUUUACACCUAGUAUGUAUUGGUCAAGCUCCCUGAAUAAAAUCUUUGUGUAUUA